UCUGUCAGCACCCCGUUCUCCCCCUUUCCCUAACCUAGUAGGGCACGGAAGGUUUUCCGAAACCCGGCGGCGGACGGCGGCGGGCGGCGGACGGCGGCGGUGGAUAUAUAGUGGCGGCGGCUCCGCCACUGGAGGAGUGAACUUGGGGGAAGGGGAGGGACUUAAAGAUUGGAUUUUUAUUCAUCAAAGAGUGGGAAUUCUCUCGUCCGCGGUGGGUUUCUGGUGUUUUAUGAUGGCGAAUGCUGGUAAAAGAGUCGACAUUCAGAAUCUUCUCUCGCUGGGGGAUGAUCUUGUUGGAGUCCUCAAGAAUAAGAAGGAUGGUGAUAGCUUGAUGCAAUCGCUGGAGGGAGCUAAGAUGAUCCGCUCCUCGUGUCAGUCGGAUUCCCAGGAGCUACGAAGCUUAUUAGAAGACUAUCAAAAAAAGAUGAAUGCAUAUCAGGAGAAGAUAAAGAAGGUAAAAUGUGAAACGAUUGCUGAUGCUGAAUUAGAACAACUUCAAAAUGAAUUGGAAGAUAAACUUCAAGAGGAACGGCUGCUUUGUCAGGAAUUAAGGACAAUCAGUGAUGACCUUGGUGAUUUGGAACAUCAGAGGUUUUCAAUUGAAGAACGAAAAGAAAUAAUCAAGAAAAAAGAGAAAGACAUAUCGACUGCACAAGAUUUGCUUUCUAUGUGUGCUUCAGUGACAAGUAUCAUCCCAAAUUUAGAAGACAAGGGCAAGAUUUCUGGCUAUGUUGUGGAGAGAAACAAGAAGAAAGUUGAGAAAUUUGAGUUCGAGCUCACAGCAUCUCCAACAGAGGUAUUGAACAGAUUGUGGAAGAUUGCAUAGUUGAUUCAUCAUCCAGUUCCUGAUGGCAUAGUUGAGGCAUCGCCAAGUUACUGUUCAUUUUCAGCUGUUCAUAGUCUUAUGUAUGAAUCUUAUGUCAGCUUCCUGCUUUUUUUUUUGUUGAGGUUGGGGAGGUGGUGAUCGUGUUAGCUUGUCGAGUCAUACUAUGAUGAAUGGCAAAGGAAUGUGGACUUAGCCAUCAGACUUCUGCUGCUUAAUAUCAGUAUUUGUUAAUUUCA